GUAUAUGCAUCAUAUUAGUUGAAUAAUUAUUGUGUAGUUCUGGUAUAAGGAAUUAAAUGACGCUUGUUUACAAGAUGUGUGUCGCCAAAAAAUCUAUUUUCAUAACUGUUUUAGUCCUAAGUGAUUUGCUGCCGACAUCAACCAAAAUCGUGUCAUCUGGACCUACUUGUACCCAUCCAUGGAAAAAAGAUUUUGGUUUUAAAAGAAAUGAAUCUGUUAAAGCAUCAUUAAAGAAACUACCAAACAUUCUAAAUGAAUUUCUAGAUAUAGAAAAUCAAGAAGAUACUUUAAAAACAGGCUUAGAAGAUCCUAUCAACAUUUGCAUCAGCAGUGUGGACUGUAGAUUAUACACAGUGUUGGAUAAAAAUAAUACCAAUUCAUUAACCUUUUGUAUUGUUACAAAGAAAGUGAAAAAAUGCUCUGCGAUUACUUGCACGUGUCCUGACACACGUAAUCGACGAUCUAUCGACACAUUCCAUGGACAGGACAGAACAAAUUCUGAUUCAAUAUUUAAGAUCACGAAUCUCAUAUGCAAAUUCAAGUUCAUUUACGAUGAAAGAAUCUGCGAUACAGCACAAACAGAUGUCACAUUCACAGAAAAUAACAGUUUUGAUAAUCCGGUGAAAUACACCACUGCCAUGGAUAAGCUUUUAAAGGAAGAUAACAUCAAACUGAAAGAAGGAAAUACUACUUGGUUAUAUUUUCUGAUUUUUGCAAUCGGAGUCGGAGUAGGGACUGUAGUUGGAAGCCUGACAACAUUUAUUUGGUUUCAAAGGAAAUAUUUGCUGCCUAAAACCUCAUCAGAGGUAAAUGGAACAUACAACAAGGAAAACAUUACAACGGUUAUACAUGAUGUCACAGAAUACUCAGAAAUUCCAGAGGACAGUAAAACAAUCUAUUAUGAGGUAGACAUCUUAAUCAAUAUUUAUGCUUAUUGUUAG